UGCUAAAUUCAGAGCAGAUAGAGCCUGCGCAAUGGAAUAAAGUCCUCAAAAUUGAAAUGUGACAUUGCUCUCAACAUCUCCCAUCUCCCUGGAUUUCUUUCUGCCUCAUUAUUCCUGCUAACCAAUUCAUUUCCAGACUUUGCACUUCAGAAGCAAUGGGAAAAAUCAGCAGUCUUCCAACCCAAUUAUUUAAGUGCUGCUUUUGUGAUUUCUUGAAGGUGAAGAUGCACAUCACGUCCUCCUCGCAUCUCUUCUACGUGGCCGUGUUCUUGCUUACCUUCACCAGCUCUGCCACGGCUGGACCCGAGACCCUCUGUGGGGCUGAGCUGGUGGACGCCCUUCAGUUCGUGUGCGGAGACAGGGGCUUUUAUUUCAACAAGCCCACGGGGUAUGGCUCGAGCAGUCGGAGGGCGCCUCAGACAGGAAUCGUGGAUGAAUGCUGCUUCCGGAGCUGUGAUCUGAGGAGGCUGGAGAUGUACUGCGCGCCUCUCAAGCCUGCCAAGUCAGCCCGCUCUGUCCGUGCCCAGCGCCACACCGACAUGCCCAAGGCUCAGAAGUAUCAGCCCCCAUCCACCAACAAGAAAAAGAAGUCUCAGAGGAGAAGGAAAGGUGGGCCAAAGAAACAUCCAGGAGGGGAACAGAAGGAGGGGACGGAAGCAAGUCAGCAAGCAGAUGAAAGGAAAGAAGAAAGAGCAGAGGAGGGAGACUGGAGCUAGAAACUGAACACAGGCAAGAAAGGAAAACGGAGGAGAGAAGGACUAAGACAGAGGCAAGGAGGAUGAGAGAAAAGCAGACAGCGAGAAGCAAGUGGGAGAUGCUAUAGAGGAAACGAAGAAAAGUAGGCCCGCUGGAGCUAGAGAGCUCAUGUGACAGAAGGAGGAGAAACGGAGAAAUGUGGAGAAACUAAUAUACGUGGAGAAAUGGAAAAGGAAAAUGUCAUGCCCAAGAAAGUGCAAAGAAAGACAGUGGCAAGAAUGAAAAAACAAAAAUUAUGAAAGAGGCAAAUAAAACAAUU